AUGGUGAAGUUGUUGAUGUCAAUAUCAUCCGAGACAAGGCUUUUGGAAAAUCCCAGGGUUUUGCGUUUCUUGCAUAUGAAGAUUAAGAUACCACUUUCGCUGUUGGUUAAUAAUCUGAAUGAACCUAAGGCGUUGGGGCGGACCAUUGCGGCAAACACAUUUAGCAAAAAGACGAGGAUGAAAAGACGCAAAGCAGAACAUGGAGGCACGUGCUGUAUGAAAAUUAUUGAUAACACCGUACGAAUCUGGGAAGAGAGCUCUCUCGCUCAUGGACCUGCAAGGUUUGGUGUUUGGUGAUGGUUGUCGGGUAUGCGCUAAAAAGAGGUGAUAGUUCUGAUAUGGGUGUUUUUUUGGAUGGUGUUAUGAUUUUACGCAUGAUGUGCGAUGUCGUUUUGUAUCUUGAGUGGAUAUAAAAUAUACGAAAUCAUAACGAGAGUCGUUUAAGCUGUAU